AUGAUGCUGGGUCUGGGGUCUGUUGGAUUGGUUCUGUUAUCUCUGGCUGUCCAGAGUGGACAUGGAGCCCAGGACAGUGCUGUCUGGAGUAGAGAGGAGACGACUGAGAGGAAUUACUACACCAGGUACCACAAUAUGUCAGAGAUUACAGCAUGGAUGGAGCAGAUGAAGAGGGAGAACCCAGAUGUUGUGUCAUCCAUGGUCUACGGUCAAACCUAUGAGAGGAGGAACAUCACCUUACUGAAGAUUGGUCUGAGUUCUACUGGGAGGAAGAAGGCUAUCUGGAUGGACUGUGGGAUCCACGCCAGAGAAUGGAUCGCUCCUGCUUUCUGCCAGUACUUCGUUAAGGAGAUCCUGAGAACGUACAAAACCGACACCAAGGUGAAUGAGAUGAUGAAAAAUCUGGAUUUCUACAUCACACCAGUCCUAAACGUUGAUGGCUACAUCUACUCUUGGCAUAAUGAAAGCACUCGACUGUGGAGGAAGUCCAGAUCUCCAGGAACAGGAGGCUGUACCUGCUAUGGAACAGACCUCAAUCGUAACUUCUACGCUAACUGGGGCAUGGUUGGUGUCUCGACAGACUGCUGCAAUCUGUUCUACUGCGGCACCAAGGCUCUCUCUGAGUCGGAGGCCUGGGCCGUCACAGACAUGUUGGGGAAGAUGAGGGAAGACAUCCUGGCUUUCCUCACCAUCCACUCCUAUGGCCAGCAGCUCCUGGUGCCCUACGGACACCCCAACAUUUCAGCACCCAACCAUGAUGAGCUGAUGGAGGUGGGGCUGGGAGCAGCCAAGGCUAUAAAGGCUGUCCAUAGGAUGGACUACACUGUAGGCACCUCACCUGAUAUCCUGUAUCCCUUCUCGGGAUCGUCUCAGGACUUUGGCAGGCUGAUCGGCAUCCCGUUGUCUUUCACCUUUGAGCUGAGGGACAAGGGCAAACACGGCUUCGAGCUCCCAGAGGACCAGAUCCAGCCCACCUGUGAGGAGGCCUACGCCGGAGCACACCACAUCAUCACCUAUGCACACGACAAGGUCUUCUACAGCUAUGCUGCUACCGUCACGGCAACACUGUGGACCACACUGCUGGCAGCCUGGGUCUCUAGCGCCAUCCUGCUGUAA